ACAUUCCUUUCAGCACAUGUUGUGCUGACGUCACUGUACCUUUGAACAGACCUCAGGAGUUCAGAUUUGGUUUCACAGCAUUUGAAGAGCUUGAAGAUCAGACAAAGACAGCGCUGACAUCAAAACAUUAUCACUAUGGCAUACUCUACACAAACCCUAGCUAAGGGCUGCUUUGGGAAAAUAUAUAUGGAGAAGUAUAAGGAUUCAUGUGCUGCUAUGAAAAGAGUCCCUGUAAGUCUCCUCAGCAGAUCUGACCUGGAAAGAGAAUGCAAAGUAUAUGAUAAGGCCCGGCAUCCCAAUGUAGUAAAACUUCUUGGUAAACCUGAGCUUAAAGACUAUAAGUGGCACAUUCCUAUGGAAUUCAUCUUUGGAGAAGACCUCGAGACAACCAUCUUUAAAUCAGCAAGCUCCAAAGUACAGUUGAAUCCAGCGGUGAGAGCCACGAUCAUCACUGGGAUGUGUGAAGGUUUGCUUCAUCUUCACAGUAAAGACAUCGUCCAUCAAGACCUCAAACCUGAUAACAUCAUGGUCGAGCAUGAAACCCAUCGUGCCGUGAUCAUUGACAUGGGACUGGCAAAGUUCUUAAAGAAUGGGCUCAGCUCCGCACAAAAUAUGGGCAACGAAGCGUAUUCACCUCCAGAGGUCCUGCAGAUGGGUGAAGUUCGUGACAAGCGUUCAGAUGUUUGGGCCAUGGGUAAAAUCAUCGCUGAACUCUGUCUCAGGGUCAGGUUACCGACUCAAUAUGUGUCUGAAACCAAAAUUCAAGAAACUCUUAAAGAUCAUGCAUACUGCAAAGUGGUGUCCAGGAUGGUGGAGACCAAUCCAGCUUUAAGAGCUACUAUGGCUGGAGUCAUCUCAGAAAUUAGGAGAGUUGGAAUAGUGUCAAAAAAGGACAGCAAGCCAGGAGACGCUGUAACACAGAGAAAAGAAACAAGGGGAAAUGCUCCAGCGGCAGUCAUCCCAGCUGCUUCGGGUUCACAAACAGACAUUAAGCCAAGGAACUUCAUUGUACCACAGAGAAAUGAUAUCAGGGGAAAUCCUCCAGCAGCAGUCAUCCCGGACAUUAGGAAACCUGUAUCGCCUCCAAAAAUAGACAUUAAGCCAAGAGACGUCACUGUACCACAGAGAAAUGAAAUGAUGGGAAAUCCAAGGCGGGGUCAGCAAGUAUCUGCGUCACCUAAGAUGGAUUUCAAAACACCUUAUCUACCAAUUUAUCGACAUACUGCGCCUCAAAAUAGGGAAAUGGGAAAGGCACCAUUUGUCCAAAUGAAAGGACCAAACUUGAAUGAUAAGAUGUCCCUAAUGUCAUUUCCUUGCCCUCUACCAGAGACUGGAAAAGUGAUUCAGAGACGCUAUAAUGAGAGGAACGAACAGAUGGAAUAUAAAGAGAUCAACACCGAGGGAGGGAGAAUCACUAAAUAUGUGAAAAUGCCUAAACAUCCUUAAUGUAUUUUUGUCAGAAAAAUGCACAGUUACAUUGUUGAUGUCUAUUGGCAGUGGUAUUACAGGGUUAACCAAACACAAUAACCUCAUCAUCUUGUUGCAGGUUGACAUGACUUGAAUAACAAAAGUUUAUUCAGGUAAGAAAGUUGACAGAUAGUCAGUUAUCAGAUAUUUUCUCUGUAUAGAGAAACAAGAAGGAAGCCUUCCUCAAAAUUACUUUUUGUUGUUACACGGUAAAUACUGAAUCAUAUGUGCAAUGUAAUCACUUUAUUAUUUUUUAUUUAUUUGAUGAAUGAAUCAUUAAUUUGGGGAAAAAACUAUCCUCCACAUUCAGAUGACGCUUUUAUUCUCAGAGACCUUUAGCACAAUCUGGAGGGAGUUUCUCUAGAUAAACAGUGAGUCACAAAACAAAAACUAUAUGAGAGUCUGUUGGCACUGAGGAAAAAAUGUUGUUCAUCAGGAAAUACAGUAAUGCAGAAGAUAAUGCCCUGAAUAAUUUCUCUUUACUUCUGAGUAUGUGAAAUGUAUUUAACUAUAUGCUUUCGGUUGUACUCCGAUAUUGGUAAUACUAUGUUUUUGCCUUUAGAUUUUUUUGUUGUAAGAUCAAAAACACAUUUUGGACAAUUUGGUUUUGGUCUAUAGGGAUGGGAUGUCAGUCAUGUUUUUUUACAAUCAUAUGUUUUUUUUUUCACUUCAUAGGAACUUAUUUGAAUUAGCCAACUUGUACAAAUACAAGAUCAUUGGGGUGGUUUCCCGGACAGGGAUUAGCUUAAGCCAGGACUAGUCCAUAGUUUAACCCCCUAAGACCUGGAUGACCACAUACAUGGACAUCACAUUUUUUUGUUGUUUGCACCAUAAAUCUUUGCAACUGAAACCUACGUGGACAUAACACUGCAUCAUGUUCAAAGAAAAAUACUGUAUUUGGUUAUUAUUAUAUUUAUUGGUUCUUCCUAACCCCAAAAUAGCUGGUAGAAAUCUGAAAAAAAGACAAACCAAAGCUCGGGUCUUAGUCUAAUCCCUGUCCAGGCAACCGGCCUGUAUUGUCUAUAGGAACAUUGUAUGAUUGGCAUCUGCAAGCUGAUCGGUUCACUUCCUCUGAGAGCGAUCUUGUGUUGUGAAACUGUUUUAUUAAGUUAUUGUUAAAGGAACUGUAUUUGGUGUUUUCGACUUUUGUAUGUUUUAUGAUACUGAUCUUGGAUUGCCCUCUUAACCUGACCCUAAUGUAAAAAAUUGAGCAUUGGGAAAGUAAGGAGUCUGACAUUACUUUUGUUUAAACAGUAACUUUGUUUUUGUUUAGGCAGUUAAGUCUUGUGUAUUUUCUUUUCUUUUGAUUGGAAAUAGGAAAAAGAUUUUCUAUGUUAUUUUGACAUGGUCAGCUCCUGAAUAAGCUCCUUAAUAAACACAUUGCUGUUUUUGAAAGUUGUUUACUUUUCCCAGAUGCUCACUUCUUUUAAAACAGUAUUAAAAGAGUUUUCAUCA